AUGUCUUAUUUCACGGCCCCAAAACCCUCUAUUUCAUCAGGGCAUCAGACCGUUCAAGUUGAGUUUGGAGGCCAGAAGGUCGAUGUACCUAAAGGCGGUUACUACGACCGCUACCGUAUGAAUCCAAACCUGGACGAGGUAUCCCAGGAUCCAGCUGUUGGACCUAACAUUGAUUUCUUCCGGAAAAUCCCAAAGACAUUGGUCGAUUCGAGGGUCGGUCAGAUAUACGCUCCCAACUUCUACUAUCGCACAAAGAGUGUCCAACUUGUCUUCCUUGCACCGCUUGAUAUCUUGAAAUCGAAGCUUCCAGUGCCUUUGGAGCCCCUCCCAGCAAUUCCUGGCUAUGGUUUGGUUGCGUUGACAUUUUACUCGUACCUGGUGUGCGACAACGAUCCUUAUAAUGAGGUUUCGAUUGCCAUUAUCGUCCGCCAGCCUGGUAAAAAUAGUUACAGUGCGACACAGCUACUCAGCUCGAUAUGGAACCGAACUUUCUAUGGUUAUGUGCUGGCUUUACCUGUCGAUACUGAGAUUGCCCGAGUACGUGGAGUAUACGGGUACCAACUUCCAAAAUGGCUCGCCGUUAUCAACCUGGAGAUGGACGAAUACAAUAUCAAAGCAGACGUUACCUCGAUCGACGGGAAAUCCGAUCUGAUACUGGAUUUCCCCCUCCCAGCCUUGAGAGCCGUACCGUCGGAAUCUUCAAUCGGUACCAACAAUGCAAUCAACGAGAUCGACGGGAAAUGGUGCCAGGUGACAGUGCACACGAAUCCACUCCUGGGGGCACAAACUCUUCUCCCCAGGAACGUGAAGCUCUCUCGAGGCCAAGGUCCACUGAGUGAACUUCUUGCCGAAUUGGGCGUUUCGACGAUCCUGAGGAUGGACGUACUCAAGGAUGCACAGAUGAUCUUGAAUAUGCCCAUACCUUUACAAGCGUUUGAUACCAUCAAGCUCUGA